ACUCGGUUCUCUCCUAAAUCAAAAUCUCGAAUCGAUUCAACAAAAAAGGAGUAUUUUUUCUUAUCGAAUUCAAGUAAGUCACAGCAAACCCAUAUUCCUCCCCUUUCUAAUUCGUGUAAUUUUCAUGAUUGUACUGUCCUAAACCUGUUAUGACAACAUCUGCAUGUUUCAGAGCUCGAUUCGUUUGUUGAAUUCAACAAUGUGUGUAAUUGGGGAAUUCUUAUGAAAAACUAGCGAAAUUUGCUCGAACCCAUCUCCCCUCUUUCCCAAUUCGUAUGUUGUUUCAUAGUUUUGAUCAUAAACGUUAACAAUGAGGGCACUUUUGCAUUUCUGGAAUUGGAUUUCCUGGUCGAUUUCCGGAGUUAUUGUCUAUAAUUUCCUUCUGUUUUAUGGGGUUUGGCAUAAUUUCAAGGAUAUUUCUUCUCCAGGCUGCGUGAUCUUCUCACGUUCUAUUCAAAGAUUGAAUUUUUUUACCUUGGUUUGAUGGUUGUUUUAGGAUAUGGCUUCAACUAUGGAGCCAGUAGCUGUAAAUUCGCAGAAGCAUGACCCGGCAUGGAAGCAUUGCCAAAUGUUUAAGGUUGGGGAUAAGGUUCAGCUCAAGUGUAUAUACUGUGGGAAGAUUUUUAAGGGCGGUGGGAUUCAUAGGAUUAAGGAACACCUCGCUGGCCAAAAGGGGAAUGCUGCCACUUGUUUGAGGGUUCAGCCCGAUGUACGGAUGCAAAUGCUCGAUAGCCUGAAUGGGGUUGCUGCGAGAAAGAGGAAAAAACAGAAACUUGCAGAGGAGAUGUCUGGAUUUGGGAACCCUGGGAACAGUGGUGUUGAAGUAGUGAAUGGUUUGAAUAGUGAUAUUGUGUUGCUUCCUGUCCCCGAGAUGAUUGAACACGACGGGGAUGUGGAUGGGGAUCGGGAGGAUGGUAUGAGUGGGAAAAGUGGUGUUAGGAAGAAGAAAGGGAGGGUGAGGAAGGCCCCGGAUGUGGUUAAUUCGAAUAAUGCAGCUUUGGUUGGUUUUACUGCUGGGAACUCGAAGAGGGCUAAUACUGUGAUUAGUAUGGCAGUAGGUCGUUUUUUCUUUGAUGUUGGGAUACCUGCAGAUGCUGCUAAUUCUCCUUAUUUUCAACCAAUGAUUGAUGCAAUAGCUUCUCAAGGUGCAGAAGCUGUUGGCCCUUCCUACCAUGAUCUUAGGAACUCAGUUCUGAAGAAUGUGAUUCAUGAAGUGAGAUAUGACGUUGAUCAGUGCAGCGCAGCUUGGGGAAGGACUGGUUGCUCAAUUUUGGUAGAUGAAUGGAAUUCAGGAAAAGGUAAAACCUUUGUCAACUUCUUUGCAUACUGUCCAGAAGGUACAGUUUUUUUGAGGUCGGACGAUAUAUCUCGUGCAAUAGAUUCUGCAGAUGUCCUUUAUGAAUUGUUGAAGGAAAUAGUGGAACAGGUUGGCCUGAAAAAUGUUCUGCAAGUGGUAACCACCAGUGAAGAUCGGUAUGUUAUUGCUGGGAAAAGACUCACCGAUACUUAUCCUUCUAUUUUUUGGACUCCAUGUGCUGGCCAUUGUAUUGAUUUGAUGCUUCAGGACAUAGGAGAACUACCCAGAGUGAAGAUGAUACUUGACCAGGCAAGAUCAAUAUCGAGGUAUAUCUAUUCAAACGCUGCUGUCAUAAACAUGAUGAGACGGUACACAUAUGGAAUGGAUUUAGUUGAUCUGGGAACUACGCAGUCAUUUACUAAUUUUAUGACAUUGAAAAGGAUGGUAAAUAUCAGACCUAGUUUGCAGGCCAUGGUUACUUCUGACGAAUGGAUGGAAAGCUCUUACUCCAAGGACCAGGAAGCUUAUGCAGUACUAGACUCUAUUAGUAGCCAAUCAUUCUGGUCUUCAUGUGCCUCAAUAACACGCUUAACAGAUCCACUUUUGCGACUAUUAAGGAUAGCCAGAAGUCAAAAGAUGCCUGCCAUGGGGUAUGUCUUUGCGGGGUUGUAUCGAGCCAAAGAAGCUAUUAAGAAGGAACUUGACACUAAGGAAGAAUACAUGGCCUAUUGGAGUAUCAUAGAUCGCAGGUGGGAACAACUUCAAAGGCAUCCCCUUCAUGCAGCUGGUUUUUAUUUGAAUCCUAAAUUUUUCUACAGUCUUGAAGGAGACGGACAUCUUCACAUUCGGUCACUAGUAUACGAUUGCAUAGAGAGACUGGUUCCUGACCUUAAGGUCUUGGAUAAAAUUAUGAAGGAAACAGCCUCUUACCAUAGUGGUGCUGGAGACUUUGGGCGGAAGAUGGCAAUCAGAGCUAGAGAAACUUUACUUCCCACUGAGUGGUGGCUUACAUAUGGUGGGGGAUGUCCCAAUUUGGCUCGCUUGGCUGUCCGGAUUCUCAGCCAAACUUGCUGCUUGAUCCAGCAUAAGCUAGAUAAAAUUCCUCUCGAACACUUGCAUAACAAAACAAAUUGGUUGGAGCAUAAAAGGCUCAACGAUCUUGUCUAUGUUCAGUACAACAUGUCCUUGAAGCAUAUGUUUUCGGGUGACAAACAACAGGAAGGUGUUGACAUCAUUUCUUACAAGAACAUUGAUUUAGUUGAGGACUGGGUAAUGGAGAAGGAUUUUUGCUCAGAGAACCCUACAAAAAAGGGAUGGACGGAUGUCGAUCCACCUUCUGUCAAUGAUGUGCACUUAGGCCCACAGAUUGAUGAUGUUCAUGCCCUUGGUGCAGGUUUUGAUGAUUUUGAAAUUUUUGAAGCGGCAAAAGAUAGUGAAGAAGAAAAUGCUGACAAGAACAUAGGAAAAGUAGAGUCUUGUGAUUAGAAAAUCCUUCUCUGAGGUAGAGGAAAAUUAUUGAUAGAUGAGGGUAUUUAUUGUGAGCAUUAAUAAGAUGCAUAUAUCGCUUUAACUGGGUCUGUCUGCGAUUUGGAGUUCGUACAAACCUGUGCCUCGUUGCAAUCUUGUAGAAUAAAUAGCGUAGUGUGUGUAUGUCUGAAUAUAUAUCGAGUUAGAUUCUGAUUUGGCAUAAGGCUUGCAUGCACCAUUCUCCUCUUGGGGCCAUUGUAAUAUUAUGUUUUCUUAUGUAAAAAGUAUCUUAUCGGUACGUCACUCUUUGUCGAGCAACUAUAUUGGCUGAAUUUGGAAAGUGUUUAUAGAUCUGAAUUUGAGAAUCCA